ACACGAAAACACACACAAACACACAGGUGAACUUCCUGGGUUCCCCACUCAGAAAACGACCGCCCCUCAGCAAGACCCCAUUGAGCAGGCGAGACAUUGCUCUCUACAGCUGAUAACCUGGACUGGAUUAAUGUUUAGCUCAGGAUCUAAACACACAGACACACGCACGCAUGCACACACACACACACAUACACACACACAGGGAAGAAGGAUUAAAUGCAAAGGCUCAGGGAAUCCAUACGUGGCUCAGGGAUGGAGGCGAGAACAAGGAGGUUGAUCAGCUCAAAAACAUUAGUGUAUGAGGCUGGAGAGGAUGAGGAGGCCCCAUCAGAGGCACCCGGGGAGGGGUCCCCCCAUCAUGGCUGUCUGUCCCCCCUGGCUCGCCUCUACGUCUACGCCCUGCACGGCUGUCUGUGUGAGGUGGCCUUCACUGCCCUCUGUGACUGGUGGGACACCCAGGACAAGAGGCUGGCAGGACACACCAGCUUGUGGGCACUACCCAUGUACGCCUGUGCCAUCUUCCUCAUGGAGCGCCUGCGCAAUAGGCUGCUAGCAAGACGUCGCCCCCUGCUGCUUCGGCUGGUCAUCUACACCCUGUUCAUUUACGUAUGGGAGUUUAGCUGGGGGAUGGGGCUGGGGCUGUUGGGGGCUUGUCCUUGGGACUACUCUGGGUUCAGGUAUAACCUGGCGGGGGUGGUGACUCUGGAGUACGCCCUGCCCUGGGCCGGGGCGGCACUCAUAGCAGAGCAGCAUGUGAUCAGGAACACUCUCAGGAUACGGAUGGAGAGCUGAGCAUGUGUUCUGUAGACUGCCUGCUGGUUUCACAGUGUGGCACUCUGUUGCACUUAGUAUACAUCGCUUUGCUGUCAAAGCAUGACAGACAUUUUUGUUCUCUGUGUACACUACUAAGAUUUUUCAUAAAAGGG